AGCCUGAAGGUGAAGAUGCUGGGGGGUGAGGAGUUCCUGGUACCCCUGAGGGGCUCCACACUGGCCCUGGAGCUGAAGCAUCAGAUAGCCCAGAAAACCGGCGUGCCUGCGUUCCAGCAGCGCCUGUCUACCUACCCUGAUGGCAAAGUGCUGAAGGAGGAGGUCCCUCUUGACAGCCAGGGCGUGUACCCUGGCAGCACGGUCCUGCUGGUGGUGCAGAGCUGUGACAACCCCCUGAGCAUCCUGGUGAGAAACGACAAGGGUCGCAACACCGCCUAUGAGGUCCGGCUGACGCAGACCGUGGCUGAGCUCAAGCAGCAGGUGUGCCGGCAGGAGCAUGUGCAGGCUGACCUGUUCUGGCUGAGUUUCCAGGGGAAGCCCAUGGACGACCAGCAGCAGCUGGGGGACUAUGGCCUCACACCCCAGUGCACUGUGUUCAUGAAUUUACGCCUGCGGGGGGGCGGGGGUGGGGAGUGGGCAGGACCAGGAGGGCAGCGCUGAGGGCCACCCGCCCGAGUCCCUGAUCAAGUGCGGGUAAUAAAAGUUGGCGCAAAAUUAAA